AUGGCUUUUAAAAGCUGUACCGCUCCGCGCGUUGCUACCUACGGAGAAUAUCUGAACAUGACUAGAGCUGUUGGGAAAUGCACGAGGGGUAUACCACAGUGUUUAGCAGGCGACGAGCUGAUGUGCGAGCGCUUGGCCAAAGUCUGUAACGCCGACUCCAUGAGUGCUCCAUUCAAAAGGCGCGGCAUCAACAUAUACGAUAUGAGGAUCACAACUAAGGACGGAAGCACAGGCCAAGUUGGAGAUCCGAGGUUGGAUCGUUUUCUCAACAGGCGUAAGGUGCAGAGGAAACUUGGUGUUAACAAGAAAUUCACCUCCUGCACAGACGAUGUCUCCAUUAUAGGGGACUUCGGGCCUGAUGCACUUUUGCCCUCUGAUAAUCUUUAUUUGCCCGAUUUACUUGAGGCUGGAAUCGAGAUUCUCCUCUAUGCUGGGGAUCAAGAUUUUGCCGGUAACUGGAUCGGCUGCGAACAAGCAGCAGAUGCGUUGGAAUGGCCCGGUCGGAAUGCAUUCCGCAACGCUCGUCGCUAUGAAUAUAAGGGUAUUGAUGGUAUAUCAAUUGGUCAACUCCGCAGCAUCAGAUGGAAGGAGAAAGGAAUGUUUGGUUUCUUGCAAAGCGAGCUCUCCAAGGAUAUCGAGGUUAUCGAGUGA